UCGUCUCUCGGAAAAAACGUCGAGAGAGGGUUUUCCAUAUUUCUUUGUGGCCGUCACCGUCGCCGUGAAACUGGUCUCACUGUGUUCCUCUUCUCUACCUCAGGUCACGAGAUUAUAUAAACUGUGACCUCUCAGGAAUUGUGUUGUUACCAUGUUUAUAACGAGAUUUGUCGGGAGGAGAUUCUUGGCUGCUGCAUCGGCGAGAUCGGAGUCAACUACAGCAGCAGCAGCAGCAGCUGCCUCCACGAUUCGUACUCCCAAAAACCCUCUGGAAGAGUUCUUUGAGUUCGACAGAAACCAGGACGAAGAUAAGCCUGUUGUCUACGGUCGAGGUUGGAAAGCUUCAGAACUGCGCCUCAAGUCUUGGGAUGAUCUUCAGAAGCUGUGGUAUGUUCUUCUCAAAGAGAAAAACAUGUUGAUGACUCAGCGUCAGAUGCUUCAAGCUCAGAACAUGCAGUUUCCUAACCCUGAGCGCAUUCCAAAGGUGAGGAGAUCAAUGUGUCGCAUAAAGCACGUGCUGACAGAGAGAGCGAUUGAAGAACCAGAUCCUAGAAGAUCAGCUGAGAUGAAGAGAAUGGUAAAUGGUAUGUAAACCCAUCGCUCUUCUUUUGGCAACCAGAGUAGUAAGCUCAAGUCAAUUCGCAGAGGUUUGGGAGUAAGAAGUAAUAACGCAUAGUGCUCAGGAGGCUGAAGAAACCUUGGUAUUGUGUCCUUUGGAACUUGUCCAAUGAUUGUGACUCUUGUAUUUGGCAGUAGAAAAUGUUUCUUCUCUAUAUGCACGUUUUCUGUAAACCCAUGGUUGAUGUUUAUUUCGAGACAACAUGUUGGUCAGUUGUAUCAGA